CGCGCUGCCCAGCAGCCGCUUUCUCCAGCCACAGGACUGAACUAGCCAUGGUCGCCUCAUGAGGAGGGCAGAAUUGCGCCGGGGAACUUGUGAGCCUGCGGUGAAAGCUGCCUCCACUGGUUGUUACAGUCCCAGUAGUCCUGUCCAGAUUCUAGAAAGUUCCAACUACUUUUUUCCAGACUUUCAGCUCUAUUCUGGAAGGCAUGAAGCAUCUGCUUUGACGGUGGAGACCAACAGUAGCAUCAGGGAAAAAGUUGUUGAAGAUCCUCUCUAUAACUUCUACUCCCCGAACUUCCUGAGGGUCUCAGAGGUGGAAAUGAGAGGUUCCGAGGAUGCAGCAGCUGGAACAGUGUUACAGCGGCUGAUCCAGGAACAACUGCGAUAUGGCACCCCGACCGAGAACAUGAACUUGCUGGCCAUUCAGCACCAGGCCACAGGGAGUGCAGGACCAGCCCACCCUCCAAACGGCUUUUCUUCCACGGAAAACCUCACCCAAGAAGACCCACAAAUGGUCUACCAGUCAGCACGCCAGGAGCCUCAGGGUCAAGAGCACCAGGUGGACAACACCGUGAUGGAGAAACAGGUCCGAGCCUCUCAGCCUCAGCAGAACAACGAGGAGCUGCCCACUUAUGAGGAGGCCAAAGCUCAGUCGCAGUUCUUCAGGGGGCAGCAGCAGCAGCCACCGCCGCCACCUCCGCAGCAGGCGGCUGUGGGUCAUGCGUACUACAUGGCUGGGGGCACCAGUCAGAAGGCCCGCACAGAGGGCAGGCCCACAGUGAACCGGGCCAACAGUGGACAGGCCCACAAGGACGAGGCACUGAAGGAACUGAAGCAGGGUCACGUCCGCUCUCUAAGUGAGAGAAUCAUGCAGCUGUCCCUGGAGAGGAAUGGGGCCAAGCAACAUCUCCCUGGCUCAGGGAGUGCAAAGGGGUUCAAGGCAGGAGGGGGACCCUCUCCUGCCCCACCGGCUGGCAAAGUGCUGGACCCUCGAGGUCCACCGCCAGAAUACCCCUUUAAGACCAAGCCCAUGAUGUCUCUGGUCACCAAGAACCAGGACCAUGGACUUUUCUACAGUGACCAGCACCCUGGGGUGCUGCAUGAGAUGGUCAAGCCAUACCCUACACCGCAGCCUGCAAGGACGGAAGUGGCUGUGCUGAGGUACCAGCCGCCGCCGGAGUACGGGGUGACCAGCCGCCCCUGCCAACUUCCCUUCCCAUCGACAGUGCAACAGCACAGCCCAAUGUCCUCCCAGACUUCCUCCGUCAGUGGGCCACUGCACUCUGUCUCCUUGCCACUUCCACUUCCAAUGACCCUGGCACUGCCACAGCCCCCACCUGCCGCUUCUCCCAGCCAGCAGCUUGGUCCAGACGCCUUCGCGAUUGUGGAGCGAGCUCAACAAAUGGUGGAGAUCCUCACCGAGGAGAACCGGGUGCUUCACCAGGAGCUUCAGGGUUACUAUGACAAUGCUGACAAACUCCACAAGUUUGAAAAGGAACUUCAGAGGAUUUCAGAAGCCUACGAGAGUCUGGUUAAGUCUACCACCAAACGAGAGUCACUGGACAAGGCAAUGAGAAACAAACUGGAAGGCGAAAUUAGAAGACUUCAUGAUUUCAACAGGGAUCUACGAGACCGACUGGAGACUGCCAACAGGCAACUUUCCAGCAGGGACUACGAUGGGCAUGAAGACAAAGCCGCAGAGGGGCAUUAUGCUUCCCAGAACAAAGAAUUCUUGAAGGAAAAAGAGAAAUUAGAAAUGGAGUUAGCAGCAGUACGGACUGCGAGUGAGGAUCACCGGAGGCACAUUGAGAUCCUGGACCAGGCUUUGAGCAACGCCCAGGCCAGAGUCAUCAAGCUGGAAGAGGAGUUACGAGAGAAGCAAGCAUAUGUUGAGAAAGUUGAAAAGUUGCAGCAGGCCCUGACCCAGCUGCAGUCUGCAUGUGAGAAGCGAGAGCAGAUGGAGCGGAGGCUGCGGACCUGGCUGGAGCGAGAGCUGGAUGCACUGAGAACCCAACAGAAACAUGGAAGUGGCCAGCCAGCCAACAUGCCAGAGUAUAAUGCUCCAGCCCUUAUGGAACUCGUGCGAGAGAAGGAGGAACGGAUCCUGGCCCUGGAAGCUGACAUGACGAAGUGGGAGCAAAAGUACCUGGAGGAGAGCACCAUUCGACACUUCGCCAUGAAUGCUGCAGCCACUGCUGCAGCGGAGAGAGACACCACAAUCAUCAACCACUCUCGGAAUGGCAGCUACGGAGAGAGCUCCCUGGAGGCUCACAUCUGGCAGGAGGAAGAAGAGGUGGCACAGGCCAACAGGAGGUGCCAAGACAUGGAAUACACUAUUAAAAACCUGCAUGCCAAAAUCAUAGAGAAGGACGCCAUGAUUAAAGUCCUUCAGCAGCGAUCCCGGAAAGAUGCUGGGAAGGCAGACUCCUCAAGCCUGCGGCCUGCUCGCUCAGUCCCAUCCAUCGCAGCUGCCACCGGGACACACUCCCGGCAGACCUCACUGACCAGCAGCCAGCUGGCAGAGGAGAAGAAGGAAGAGAAGACCUGGAAGGGGAGCAUAGGGUUGCUGCUGGGGAAGGAGCAUCAUGAACACACCUCAGCCCCCCUGCUGCCGACUCCCCCAUCCUCAGCACUGGCCUCAACAGCCUCCGCCACUUCAGCCAGCAGUGCGCAUGCCAAGACGGGCAGCAAGGACAGCAGCACCCAGACGGACAAGAACACUGAACUCCUCUGGCCCAACAUGGCCUCCCUCCCCAGCCGGGGCAGGCUGAGCAACACCCCUUCCAACAGCCCUGUCCUGAAACACCCCGCGGCCAAAGGGGUGGCGGAGAAACUGGACACCUCUCCUGGCCACGGGAAGUCACCAGACCACAGGGGCCGCGUCAGCAGCUUGCUACACAGGCCCGAGCUCCCUGACGGAGAGAUGAUGGAAGUGCUCAUCUAACUCUGCCAUCCCCAGUAGCCUCCUGAUGGAACCCUGAUGGGCAAGGAGCGUGGCAGAGAGGAGAAGAAAGCUCAAGAAGGUUGUGGACGGGAAAUCAGGAAUGGUGCGAACUUAGAAGAGAUGUCAGAUCCACGGGAAUGCUUUUGAUAAAGGUUAGGAACAAAAAUAAGAGACCUCCAUGACUGAAGAUGGAAGAGAAUGCCACGGAUUUUUAUGACGUGUAGCGGAAGAUAGAAAACGCAUGUAGGUUUGGAAACACAGUUAAGUAGAAAUAGGAAGUGGAAUUUUUCUUUGCACAGAAAAUGUAUCUCUGGUUAUAAACAGACAAACCUGAACAUGGAGCUUCCUGGGAAUAACCCCGUUCUCCUUGCGUCUGGCGUGUUUGGUUUAAGAACCUCUUAGAAAUCCCUGGAUCCAUCUCGCUGAACUAUGGUGCUGCUCGUGCUGCCCAUGGGGUGUGCUGUAGGAGUGUGUGCUGUGAGGAGCAGCAGCCAGGGGUGAGGGGAACUUGAAAGGUGGGCUCCACCUCGUUAGCUGCCUGGCUUGGUUUUCCAGGAGGUUGUGAGGAUUCUCUGCUUUUUUGGAUUCAACAGUAUUUUCUAAACAGGAUGGAUAUGUUGGGAUCUUAGACCUCCACUUCCCUAACUCCUCUGAGUUCAUCUCUGUCUCAACUCCAUCAUUUUAUGUUUGUUUUUGUUUCCAGCAUUUUAUUUUACUUGUAAUCAGACUUGGCAGGAUUUCUUAGGUCUGGGAUUUGUAAGGGGCAGUUUUUGAAGUGUAAUCAGCCCUGCUGUGUUCAGCCGUGGACGGUGACCAGGAAUGACAAAGUCAGAUGCUGGCUUGCUGGCUGUUUUCUCUGCUUUGCAUUAAUUGCAUCCUGACCAUGUGCUAGGUAGGCCCUGAUGAAGCAGAAGGGUCCAUGGCUCCCUCGGGAACAUCUUGCAUUAACAUUAUGGCCCUGGCCUUGUCAACGCUCAUGUCAGCUUUGUAGUGAGGAGCACAAAAUCGCCAUAAUUUUGUUCUGUAAGAGUAAAACUUUCAGGACAGCAGCCCAGGAAAUGGCUGAGGGUUUGCCAACAGUUUUGUUUUGGUGCAUGCAGAACCACGCACCGCUGUGAGACUUUAUCCAUGUUUCAUACACCUGAUGUCUCACACACCAUGUCUCAUGCUCCUCUUGGGCACUCCUCGGAUAGCUGCAGAUGAACGUGCAGACUUUUACAUUUGGGUUUCUCUCUGCCAGCCACUUGAUUUGUAACCUAACUGGCGUGUGAGUAAAUUUUUGGAGGUUUCAGUUUUAGGAACUGCUUAUCCAAAGUGAGACAGAAAUGCCACGGAGAGAUCCCAGAAGUAAACUGGGUGUUGGGCCUCUGUCCUGAGUUCUAAACUUGGCACAGAGAGCUCAGUCCUCCUCAUGAUGUUUCACAGGACUCCUCCGUUGGCUUUUUAUACAAAUGCAGGAGGUGCUGGAUUAGAAUAGAGGAAAUGCUAAUCAGGUCGCCACAUGCUCUGGCAGGAUUCUGCUAUUUUCUCUGCAGGUCAGCUGGGUCUGUCUUUUCUCAAGUCCCAAAGUUAAAAAAAAAAAAAUCUGCCUGAGAUUUGUUCAAGUACCACCUCAAUGAGACACUGAAGGCGAUUCCUGGGAAUCACACUUGGGAAGCUUCUUCUAGGAUUUGUCUUAGGAGUAUAACUCCGGGUGAAGUUACAGCCUUCCUGAGUUCCGGUGGUAGAAGGGAGACAGAGGUGAUAGCUGAAGAUGGGAAAAAACAAACCAGUGGCUUUGGCGAGACAGGUCUCUGAGCCACCCACAAUGAUAGAUUAAACAGGUCCUGACUCUUGCGGUGGCUCUGUGCUGCCUCUUCAGCAGCAGAGUAAGUAUUGUGCAGACUGGGAAACUGAGGCAGCUCCCAACAACUGAGCACUAAGUUCUCCCCAUGAUCUGUGGGGAGACCCUGGCAGUGAGAGGUGGAGUUGAGUGUGGAUGUGGGAGUGAGUCCCCAGGACCCAUCAUCCCUGCUGUGUCAUUGUUCCCUAUCACCUAAAUGGGAAUGAGGUUUAGUUGAUGGCAACUAACUCUUAAGGGCGUGAUAUCCAUCCCCUGGCAGUGUUGGGAAUGGAUUAGAAAGGAAAGAAAAUCAUUGUUUCCAGCCUGCACCAUGUAUCUGGGCCACCCCAUACCUUGGGCUGUCUCCCUGGCAACAGGUUAGUGCAAGAGACCAAGCCCUGUUUGUGGUUCUCCAGAAGACUCGACCUCACGCUCUAGACACUGCAUUUUGGCGCCUGUGCGUAUGAGAGUCACUCACUCUUCCAAGCUUCCCAUACUUCUUUUG